CUUUCCUUUGGUAGAAACGAAUGUAAAUUUUUCGAAGUUUUACUAUCAAUUUUGUCUUGUGAAGGUUAUCUAUCCCCUAUACAAUAAACACUCGAGAGUCUUUGUUUUAAUUUGUACUAAUAUUUUUCCUUAGAAUCAUUAAGUUUAUUUCGUUGCUUAGGAUUCGUAAUAAAAGUUGUAAUUAAUAAUUUCUGUGCAGGACAGUAUAAAAGCUUUUUUUUGUUGUCAGUUUUUAUUUUUUACUGCCUUAUAAAACUUAUAUAAUAACUGUGGAUUAUUAACAAUGGUGCCAAGUAGCAUCUUGUUAGAUAUUUCAUUAUUGGAAAAGAUUAAGGAGGAAUUAAUAUGUAGUAUUUGUGAAGAUGAAUUCAGAGAUGCCGUGAUUUUCCACUGUUCUCAUACUUAUUGCAAAUCGUGCAUCGAAGAAUGGCUCGUUCGACACAACACCUGCCCUAUUUGUAUUCAAUUAAUUAUCGAAGCACCAGUUAAAAAUCUUCUUAUAAACAGAUUGAUAGGUUUAAAACAGCAAUAUGAAUCGGAAAAGAUGAAAGUCACAUCAUCAAGUGCUUCGCCUAAAAAACAGGAAAACUGUCCACCACAAAGUGUUAAGAAAUUGUUCACUGAGUUGCCACAUUUGGAUGAAGACGAGUUUAAAAAUCUUCCUCGGUAUCUAGUUGGAAGUAUAAAGAUGUAUGAGAUUAAUACUUUUAUCAGUGCAAUUAAUGAUGGAUUAAAGAAGAAGUACAGGAAAAGAGCGAAACCCGUAGUACCAUUGCCCUUUAGAAGGACAAGUUCUGAAUACACUUUCAAAACGUAUGGAUUUUUAACUGAAGGCGAAUUACUGAACGAACUUAAAUGUAACGUUUUCAACAAAAGGGAUUUGAAGAUUUUUGUUAUUCUUAAAAGGCUUCGUAUAACCCUGUUGAAGAAGGACAAUUGCACAUAUAUCCUUCCAGUACGAAAAUAAUACAUUGAUGAAAUGUUUUUAAAUUUCGAACAAUACCAAUUUGUGAUUUUUAAAUCUGUUCUAGGUACUUUACAUUUAUAACAAGUCAAAACAUAAAUGUACACAUAUGUAUGCUCUGGCUUGUUGUAAAUGUGUUAUUUAUGCAUGUUUUACCUUAUAUAUAUUUAUG